UUCUUCUUUCUCCUACCACUAAUCCCUCAAAUUCUUCAAGAGAUAAAUUCUUGAAAAGACAAAAAAACAAAGGGCUCAAAUGGCUUCCAAAGCUUCAGCCUCACUUGCUUUCCUCCUCUCUCUCAAUCUCCUAUUCUUCACCUUUGUCUCAGCAUGUGACAAUUGCUAUGUCCCUGCCCCACCCAAGCCCAAGCCAUGCCCUCCUACUAAACCAAACCCUCCAUCUAACUAUGGAAAGUGUCCCAAGGACACCCUUAAAAUCGGCGUCUGUGCCAAGCUUCGUGGCCUCGUCGACCUUACCAUCGGCACCCCAGUGACCCCAUGUUGCACGUUGGUUCAAGGACUUGCUGAUCUUGAAGCCGCUGUCUGCCUUUGCACUGCCAUUAAGGCUAGCGUUUUGGGAAACAAGAUUAAAAUCCCACUCCACCUCAGCUUGCUCCUUAACGUUUGCAACAAGAACCUUCCCAAUGGAUUCCAAUGCUAAUUUUAUAUAAUUAGCCUUUUCUUUAUUCUUGAAUCUUUUAGUACUUUGAAGUCUUGUGGUUUGAGGUCUUCUCUUUUAGACUUCAUUCCAAAUUAUUCUUGGUUGUUCGUUGAUUUUCUUUAUCAGAUCUCUCUUUUCCUGUUGGGGUAGUUGAAAUGAUUCAAUAAAUUAAUUUUACAAUUGGUGAAUUA